UUGGUGUGUGACAAGCCGUGCGAGUAUCUGCAUCUCGCCGAUACUGUGGAAAUUUUUUUGAAUAUACUAAACCAAGUCAAAGCGCACAUCUCGGUAAUUGUUUUUCUUCUGGUUUCAGCCAUUUUGUACCUUUACAAAAUUCAACCAAUAUUGUAUAUAGUGAAAUAAAGAAAAGUGAAACGUGUAAAGCAUUUACAAAAACAAGUUCGCCACAAUUUUGCAGUGACUCAAAGAAGACAUGUUCAAAAUUAAUACGAAAGCGGAUACUAACGCCGCACAGAGGCAAGCGAAGACUACACCGCUCGUCGACGACUACGAGAUCUCGAACAAAGUGCUGGGCCUAGGGAUCAACGGCAAGGUGGUGCAGUGCGCCAAUCGCAAAACCAAACAAAAGUAUGCACUCAAAGUGCUGCUGGACAAUCCGAAGGCUAGGCGCGAAGUGGACUUGCAUUGGCGUGCGAGCGGUUGUCGGCAUAUUGUCAACAUAAUCGACGUAUACGAGAACACAUAUGGCGGCAACAAAUGUCUGCUCGUCGUGAUGGAGUGCAUGGAGGGUGGUGAACUGUUUCAGCGCAUACAAGACAACGCCGAUGGCAAUUUUUCGGAGCGUGAGGCCGCACAGAUCAUGCAUGAAAUCUGCAUUGCCGUACAUUACCUACACAGUCGAGAUAUUGCGCAUCGUGACUUAAAGCCAGAGAAUCUGCUGUAUACCAGCAAUGAUAAGGAUGCCAUAUUGAAAUUGACAGAUUUCGGUUUCGCAAAGGAGACGUUUGUAAAGGACACAUUACAAACUCCCUGCUAUACGCCAUAUUAUGUUGCUCCCGAGGUGCUUGGCCCCGAGAAAUACGACAAAAGCUGUGACAUCUGGUCGCUGGGUGUCAUCAUGUAUAUACUGCUAUGCGGUUUUCCACCAUUCUACAGCAACAACGGUCUGGCCAUUUCACCCGGCAUGAAGAAGCGCAUACGCACCGGUCAAUAUGACUUUCCCAAUCCCGAAUGGGCCAACGUUAGUCAAGCAGCCAAGGACUUAAUCAAGGGUAUGCUCAAUGUUGACCCCACCAAACGUUUGACAAUCGAGCAAGUGAUCAGAAAUAAAUGGAUCGCACAAUAUACACAAGUGCCACAGACACCGCUCUGCACGGGGCGCAUGCUCAAGGAGGGUGAGGAAACAUGGCCGGAGGUGCAAGAGGAAAUGACGCGUUCAUUGGCUACAAUGCGCGUCGACUACGAUCAGGUGAGCGAAAAAAUGCAUGUGAAAGCGCUGGACAAAUCCAACAAUGCAUUGCUGACGAAACGGCGAAAAAAGUUAGAGGAAGAAUUGGCGGCACAGAAGAAAAAGUAAAUAGUUUUCAGCGCGUUAAAAACAUUAAAAGUGAGUUGUCGCAGAUUUAUCAAUAAUCAAACAUACAUACGUAUAUACAUAUAUGUUGAAUUAAGAUGUGAAAGGAAAGUAUAAUUGUAAGUGCAAGGAUUGAUGCAGCAAAGCAAAUUACAUGCUUAUAUAUGUACAUACAUACACACUUAGUGGAGCAGGCGAAAGCAUAAAUACGUAGAUGGUAAAUGGACUCGAGGCGUGUGCGGAGCUCGUUUGUAUCUACAAGCGAUACACAGCAGCUCUCGAAGAUUUCGGUUAAUUUUUGUUUUUUAAAUUGAUAAAUGCAGCAAUUUUGCUGUUGUUUUUGUGUUAUUUUUACAUGAAUACAAUAACUAGUAUUUACCAAUAAGUGCAUAAAUAAACAUGUAUGUAUGUAUAUAGCAUACAUACAUACAUAUAUGUAAAACACGUAAGUGCUCUUUUUCCUUUACUGUGUAAAAGCUUAGUUUUGUAGAUUAGAAUAUGCGCGUUGAUUGCUUAUAGCAAACGCUAAUUAAUUGAUUACUUCACUUAAAUAUACAUACAUAUAUAAAUACUUGAAUACAUACAAACAUAUGUAGGUAUUGACGUAUACAUUUGUAGUUUAUUAAAAUACGCUAAAUGUAAAACGGUUGCGUGAGGUAAAAGUGAUUUUUGUGACAAAAAAUACAUUUAUACAUACAUAUAAUAUUUGUGUAUGUAAUUAAAAACAAAAUAAAAACAUAUUGAUAAAUCAGUUAUCAAGCAUUUUGUCAGAAG